UGUCGUUUGGUUGCCGGUAAAGGAUAACGCUCUCAGAGAAGCCGCUCUUCACAGUGAUUCCGGCCAAACCGUUUUAUUUUGAAUAAUUUUUAAUAUUUGUGCGGUUGUGCUUCACCCAUUCGCCCUUGUGCCUCUGGGAUUUUUCUACUUUUUAAAUAUUUCCGCCCCAUUGGAUUAUUACGGUUUACUCCCGAGAUAGGAGUAGCGGAGGUCGAAUGAUGGAGAGAAAAAGAGUCGGUUGAUGAGCGAAGGCGGAGGAGGGGACGUGGGCGGGGGCUACGGCGGCGGUUUCGUCCAGCAGCCAGCCCCUUCGUCCACAGUCCCAGAAGAUUCCAAAUCCGGGCUGCCGCCGUUCUCCUCGUUCGGCGGGAGCGAGAUGGAAGCCGGGGGCAGGAUGACCAACACAGACGGCGAGGCGCUGCAGACGAGCAGGCUGUUGGACAUAUCGUCGUGGGAUUACUACGGAGAAGGGUUGAGCGGAAGACUCUUGGAUCGAGGCGAUGGUUUCCCCAUGCUGAUCCCCCAACCCCAAUACAGGCCGUGGGAGAGCAAGGACCAUGAGUUUCCCGGCUCGCCUCUCGCCAACAAACUCCCGUCCUUCCAGUCGCAGUUUACGGCCUUUCCGCAGGAGCAGAACGGGGAGACGGUGCUGACGACGCUGACUCCCGCUCCGCCGUCUCCAAACAGCUCUUCUUCCGGUCUUCCCAGUUUUCACACUCUUUCGACGGUGCCUCCCAGAGGUUAUCCUCUCGUCCCGGCCCCCGUCCAAGCGAGGGAGAUACCCAGCAUACAACAGCAGCUCCUCGACGAGAGACACAUCCACCUCUUUCAAGGGGCCCCUCAUCAGCAGUACCACCAGUUAGGCGCCUACCAACCCCAGCAGCAGACUACUCUGCUGACCGUUGUCAAGACUGAACCUCUGAUCGUGACCCAGCUGCAAGGCGGUUACGACCACCACGAACUAAAAAUGGAGGACGCCAACUCUCCGAGAGGGUACCUAGACUCGAGGAAGAAAGAAAGGAGGAAAAUCCGUGCUUCCAGUCUCGAGAGUUCGAACGAAAGUGACGGUGUCGGUAGUUCGAGUGUAGAGAGCUCCGGACAGGUCGCGGCCAUCUCCAGCACGGCGGGUUUCAAAAGCCCGCUCGCCUGCCAUCAGAAUCCGAACAUGCAGUCGGAAGACGACAUACACGAAUUGUCGGACAAACCGGUUAAAAAGAAGCGUAAACGGUGUGGUGAGUGCAUCGGGUGCCAGAGAAAAGACAAUUGUGGUGAUUGCGCGCCGUGUCGGAACGACAAGAGCCAUCAAAUCUGCAAAAUGAGGAGAUGCGAGAAACUCACGGAGAAAAAGCAUUUACUGUACCUGAACCAUGAUUACCCUCGCGGCGAAAGAGGAAGAGGAAGGGGGAAAGGAAGAGGUGGCGGGAGUUAUCGGAAAGUACAUCAAGCGCCAAGGAGCCCUCUUCCCAGUCCGAAUCUACAACUUAAUGGUGCUGUUGACAGCAACAUGAUGAGCAGUAUACCGGAUCAUUCAGCUGCUGUAAGAGGUGAUAGCAAGGCAGAGCCGCAAGUAACACAGCCUGGCCUUCCUCCUAUUGCUGGAUCUCCAAUGCCUUUAUACAGCGGGCCAGUUCAGCCAGGAAUGGAUGGCAACUUUGCCACACCAAUUCGGGAACACAGAUUUAGUGGUAAUUCUGUUUGGCAGCCUGGUUCCACAGAUCCCAAUGGUGCUUGGACACCACAAGGACAGUUUAUUCAACAGAUACCACCACCCCAAAUUGAAGAAUUGAGGGGCUACCCUCAAUACGCUGUCACUGGUUACCCCCAACCUACUCCAGUAGCUUACCAGCAGAAUUCUUUUAUGCAAACCAAUGGUACUGUAUAUAAUAGUGGACCCCCUCAACAACCCCAACCAUCACCUCAUAGUUUACAUAAUGGAAACUCAAGGGCGACACCUACCUUAAAUGGAAAUAUGGAGUAUGUAGAACAAUCUCCAAGACCGACUGAAUAUAUAAAUGGAUCAUAUCCUCAUUCAAAUCAAGACCAAGUCAUGGCUCCUCCGACCUCGACCACACCUACCAGCCGAUGUGGUUCAGCUCAGCUUGAAAAUAGUGAUGGGAAAUACACUAAUCCACCAACUCCAACCACACCAAACAACCAGGGAAACGCGAUGCCUGGAUACCCACUUCAAAUGCCUCCCCAAUCAGCACAGAGUUCACACAACUCUAGUGGGUAUCCAGGGCAAGAAAAUACCACGAACUGUGGAAACUUAGGGGAGAACAAGCAAGAUGUGUGGGGCAGUAGUAACACUCAAGAGAAUGGUGAGCAAAAGAAUGAUGGAGACCAGCAGCAAGUUCACAAACAAGAUAUAUGGCCGAACAGUACGGAACAAUCAAGCCAUCAUCAAGGUACAUGGGUACAAAGAGAAAAUCAGCAAUGGUCUAAUAGCACGGCAGACAUUCAGAACCACCAAAAAAUGUGGACAGACGAGCAGCAGAAGCAGACUAAUAGCUCUCAGAAUGAGAGGUGGCCUAAUGUCAAUUCCGCGACACAAACUGUUCAACAAAAUCAAGUAAAUACGUCAAAUUGGCCAAACAGCCCCCGAAACAAUUUAGAAUCCCCACAGAACCAACAACAACAAAAACAAGAACUUUGGAACAAUGCCUCUCAUCAAGAGCAACAGCACAAUGCCAGUCAACAGCAUAUUGGCAUGAAUCAUCAAUCGCUUAUGGCAUCGAAUGCCCAGCAAAACAGUGGGCACAAUCAACAAAAUAACGGUUUGCAGCUUCAGAACAAUGGGCAGCAACACCAACAAGUGAUACACCAACCAAAGUCUUACCCUCGUCAACACGAAAUGUGGUCCAAUGAACCGAACGUCCCACCUCAAACACAAAAUCCUCCUGAGCCUUGGCCAAAUGACCAACCUCACGACAGUUCUACACAAUCAAAAAUGUGGCCCACUGAUAAGCAAAAUAAUCAAUACUCCGAAAGAAUUGAGCUCAACAACAGAAUAAAAACAAUGAUUCUAAACAAACAACAGGGAGUAAAGAAAUCGGAGGGAAAUGCUACCAACUAUCAGGACCAAAAAAACUUGCAGAGUGUUUCAAGCGGGAAUUUUUUAGUGCAAGGCCACCAUCCUCAGAAAUCAGUUUCUGAGGGUGGUGGCACCAGGGACACAAGUCCCAUCUACAGCAAUCCUGGCAAAACAAAACUGUUUAGCAACAGGUUUGUCGAUUCAUUGGGAUAUCCCGACUUGAAACACAUAAAAAACAAUCAACCAUUAUCCCACAAUUUAUACCUCUCUUAUGACAACAACAAUUAUAACUUGAACAGUGAAUAUUUCUCCCAAAAUGGCUUUCAUAAACAUCCUAUAGCCAGCCCAGUAAAGCCAUCAAACAGAAUGGAGUGUACUACAGAAUCUAACUUGAACGUUUCAUCCAACAUCAGUGUAAAACAGGCUUAUUGGUAUCAGAAAUCGGAACCUUGGGGCCCACAAACCGAAUUUAUCACCACUUAUCAAGGAAAACCUUCAUUUGAUAGAAUCCCUUUUGGUACUGACCCUCGACGGAAUGAAUUGGUAGAAGAGCUUGACAUGAAAGAUGGAAUUCUUAAAAAAGUACCUGUUAAUUACGCUUAUCAUGGUAGUGGGGGACCAGCAGAUAUUUCCUCUACAAAUGGAGCUUGGUGUUGUAGGCAAGGUGGUACAGGAAAACCAAGCCCAGAACAUUUGGAAGAAGGCUUCUGCCAAGGGUAUCAGACACAGGAUGAAAUGCUUGAAGAAGAAUUGGAAAUCAAGAAAAAAAUGGAAUCAAUAGAUAUGAGCAAAAAGCCUGAGAAUAUGACAAAUCAACAAUAUUACGAAUACAUCGAAAGACUGAGAAAAAAUAUAAAAGCUCCAAUACCUGAGUGUGAUUGUAAUCCGACAAACGAAUGUGCACCAGAACCGGGAAUUAUUUAUACACAAUUGGGGACAGCCUCUACUCUUGAAGAGCUUAGAGUUGAUGCAGAAAAACGAACAGGUUUUCAAGGAAAAGCAAUAAGAAUUGAAAAGAUCAUAUACACUGGGAAAGAAGGAAAAACGACUGCAGGGUGCCCUCUUGCAAAAUGGAUCAUUCGUAGGGAAAAUGCAGACGAGAAGUUGUUAUUCGUCGUGAAAUAUCGAACAGGACACAAAUGCCCUCUUUCAUGGGUUGUGGUCGCGAUUGUAGUCUGGGAAGGAGUGGGGCGUAAGGACGCCGAUGAUAUCUACAGCCUCUUAACAUAUAAACUUAGCAAAUUUGGUGUGAAAACUAGUCGCCGUUGUGCUACAAACGAUCCUCGAACUUGUGCCUGCCAAGGUCUUAGUAUAAGAACUUGUGGUGAGUCAUUCUCAUUCGGCUGUUCCUGGUCUAUGUACUACAAUGGAUGCAAAUUCGCCCGUAGCAAAGUAGUGAGGAAAUUCAGACUAUCCAAUAUCGCUGAGGAAGAAGAGGUUGAAGAUAAACUUCAAGGUUUAGCGACCAAUUUGGCUCCACUAUAUAAAACUAUAGCCCCAGAGUCUUAUCAAAAUCAAGUAGCGUUUGAAGAAGAAGCUUCAGAUUGUCGCCUAGGUUUGAAACCAGGACGUCCAUUUUCUGGGGUAACUGCCUGUGUCGACUUUUGCGCUCAUUCUCAUAGAGACUCGCACAACAUGAGUAAUGGGUGUACAGUGGUUGUGACUUUGACAAAACAUCGAGAAUUGAGUAAGCCGAAGGAUGAGCAGUUGCACGUUCUGCCUUUCUACAUCAUGGACGAAACUGAUGAAUUCGGAAGUAAAGAAGGACAAUUACAAAAAACAAAGUCCGGUGCACUUGAAUGUUUAGCUGCGUUUCCUUGUGAAGUUAGAGUUCGAGCAGUACCAGCUUCAACUUGUAGGCGCCAAGGUAAAAAACGAAAAGUGGAAGAAGAACAGCUCAUCAACAAUCAAAUAAACCAAGCCUGUCAAACACCUCCAAAUUUAUCACCACACCAACUUCUCCAGAGUUCCCAGGUAAUUACUUCAACUGUGACUGACAGCCCAGUGCAGACUACUCCAGGGUGGUCUUAUCUCAGACAUCAAAAUUCUCCAAAUGUUCCAUUAUCACCAACUGGGUUAAACACCUCUAAAAAAGAACAAAUUUGCCAAGAUGGGAAUCAAUACAAUAACCAACUUUUCUGUGAUAGAGAUAUUAAGAGUGAUCCUGACAGUACUACUCAAAACCAACAAUGUUCCCAUUGGAUGAACAGUGAAUCUUUACAAGGGCAAAGCACAACGCAAUAUAUUCAACAAACUCCCCAUUACAGCAAUUAUAGUGGAUAUGCACCACACAUAAAUUAUGGAAACUAUUAUAGUACUACCACAUCUCCAUUUAAUGGGCAAAAUCAAGCGUUACCAGGAACUAGAAUUCCUUUUACUUCAGAUCAAAAACAUUUCAGAAGUCCAUCUGCUUCUCCCAAUGGCAUAUUCAGAAGACCUAGAGGAAGACCACCAUCUCGUUCGUCAAACCCCUCUACUGCUCAGCCUGUUGAUUCGACAUUUCUAAAGCCUAGGCCACCUCAGGAAAGGAGGGAGGGUUCAUCAUCACCCAUGCGGUCUCCUCAAGACCAGCGAAUGAAUGGAAGUCAGUCUCCCACUGCCAGUGAUCAAUAUUCCCCAAGCACAUCUCCCAAAAUUCAAUAUUCACCUGGUUAUUACCAAGGACAUCACUAUAAUUACCAGAAUAGCCAAGAAAACCAGCCAUUUGGCGAUAACUUCCAAUACAACAGCUUUCCAAGAGAGCAACCACCUUAUAGUACUAAUAUGGUUCAAAGAAGGCUUGAUUUUAACAGUCCAAAAGCACCCUUACAUUCGCCAGUCGGUAUGUACACUUUACAUCAAGAAUAUCAACAUAACAGAUCACAACAGUUGAUGCAAAAUUUUGGUCCACAAUCAAGAUCUGCACCCGUCAGUCCGGUCACCGAUGCUGAAAGCAUAACAAGGCCAAGAUCAACACAAUCCGUUGACGGAUGUUCUUCUGGCGAACAAAAGCAAACAGAUUUCAUGUCAGAAGUCAAGCAGUCAAACGAUAAAAUCAAUUUUAAAAUGUUUUCACCCUCAAGGCAGCUCAUUCUGCCAAAUCGUGAGGAAAGCUCUGAAAUGCAUUACUACCAACCCCAAAACCAGUUUCUACCUCAAAUCAAACAAGAAACCAAUGAUUUCCAUUGGGAACCAUCAUCUUGUAACUCCAACAUGUUUAAUCCAAACAACAGUGUCGGACUUAAUCAGAAUCUUAAUAAUGAUUUACAAGUGAAAAGCGUACCAUUCAAAACAUACCCUGACCCUAAUACAAUUCACCCCUGCAGAACUAUCUCUUGGGAUAAUUUUCCCAACACCAAGUUUUCAACCUAUCAAAAAUUGCCAGAAGAUACUUCGAACGAUUCACCCUCAGCUUCAUGGCCAGCAAUGCAUAUUCCAAGCAUAAAGCAAGAAUUUCAACAUCAACAAGAUAUAGGGCAGAAUUCUGGACUAUCUUCAAUGCUGGAAAUGGAGAGGGUGGGGAAUGCCGUGUUCCCAGUGCGGAACAACUACGGGCCAAAUCCGUACCUACCCUCGGAUGAAAUAGAUAAGGAACCGAUUGGGCAAGUCUCUCAUUACAUUCGAAAUGAAGAGUGUUUUAGGGAUUCUCAGAUGGGAGGGGUCGCAAUCGCACUGUCUCAUGGGUCAGUACUGUUUGAAUGUGCAAAACAUGAAAUACAUGCAACGACGGCUAUUCAGAAUCCUGACCGAGAAAAUCCGACAAGAAUCAGCCUUGUCUUUUAUCAACACAGACAUCUCAAUCGGCCUAAUCACGGCUACUCUGAAUGGGAAGAGAAAAUGAGAUUGAGGAAACUUGGGAAUGGAUCAAGAACCACUUCGACACCACCGACGCCUCAGAAUGAAGCGAACUCACCACUGGUUCAUGCAUCUUCACCCACGUAUCCUACGACAACCUGGACGACGCUAUUUUCCACCCACCCGUGCACUGUAAAAGAUGCUGCUAAAGAACUUAUGGUCGAAACUCGAAGUUAGCCGGUUUGAAUGUCUAUCGAUUUGCUGUGAAUCGAGUGUAAUCAUCUAAUGUUAAUUUUUGGGAUAUGUUAAUGAGAAUGAGACAGAGCGAAGAGCAAAAAUGCGAUUGUGUACACCUUAUGCACAAAAGUGUUUGAAUGGAAGUAUGUGCAGUUUUCGGUCGAAUGGUUAAUUUUGUGUUCAGUUCAUCUAUUUGCAGUAUUACAUAUCACAGAAUGAGCUAGUCUUGACUUUAGAACCGAUAACAAAUCAUUGUUUCCAAUAACUGCUUGCUAACUGAACCAUCAAUGGGAAAAGUGAUCUCAGAGCAGUUUGAAACUUGCCAAAACAUGUAUUGCCUUCAUGAAAAACCAACCACAUCGUGUCCCGAAAAAAAAAACCAAUUUCUAAACAUGUAACAUAUAGUCAUUUUUAUUUCUCGUGUGUUCAGUGUGGCUGUUAUUAUUUAUUAUUGUAUGAAUGUGGAAUGAAUGCGACUUAGUAGUUAAUGGACUAUUAGAUGAUAAGGAAAUGCCAAAUUUGUUUGUUUUCGUUUUGGAUGUGAGAAACACAUUCCAAUAAAUUAUACAUAUAUUUAUAUAUCAGGCUGCGAACAAUCUUUGUUAAUUUUAUACUUCUCUUAAUUACUGUAAAUUCUCUUGUAAAUACUGGUAUUUUUAUAUUAAACCUCCCUCUCUUAGACUGUGUAACACCACGAGUCCUUUUGUAAUGGGCAUAAUAUAUACUUUCCACAAUUUAAUCUAACACUAGUCAUGACAACACUCUGAUUAGGGUAUACAGUGAACAUUCAAACAGCCCAUCAGUAAAUUUUGUAAAUAUCAUAAUAAAUAUAUAAAUAUAUAUAUAUUGGUGCGAUUUUUAGAAUAUCAUGUUGAAAUUAGUUUUGUAUAAGUUAUCAUAUUUAUCAAUAUUAGUAAACAAGAUAGUGGAUUGAAUUAUCACUACAAAAUUAAAAUUGAGGAAAAAUACAAAACCCCCCUGUACUGACUAGGAUAUAAGUUGUAUAAGUUAUUAUUAAGUUUUGUAAUAAGGAGAAAAAGAAAUUUCUAUUUCUGUCUGUUUUUAAAAUGGGGGAUUUUUAUUUAGGUUUUUGCUCAUUCUCCUCCAAAAAAAAGAAGUUUGUAUGAUGUUAUUAUUAAUCAAAGGAUUAUUAUAAAUCUUUGAAAUCAAAUUAUAUAUUACAAGUUUAGAAAGAAAUGAUGUGAACAUUAGAGGUCUAAAUACACUGCCAUGGAUGUAUACACGAUUGAAUUUCUUUAAAAACAUUUAUCAUUAUUAGGGACAAUAAUUAUUAUUCAAUUCAUUCAAACAUUAAAAACUAAAAAAAAGAAUUCUAAUGUUCAUAUCAGAACAGUUAUUAUCAAUAAGAGUCCAAUGUACAAUACACCUCAACCUGUUGUAGAAAUAGUAUUGUAAAAUCUAUAGAGUAUUUUCAUGCCAAUAGAAAGAAGAUAAAAAUAAAAAAUUGUUACCUAGUUAGAAAUGAUACAUCACAUAUAACAAUAUCUUUUAUACAAAAGUAACAAAAUAUUUUAAAAACUAAGCUUGCCUUGUGGAAAGAUAGAUUAAAAGGAUAUUUUUUGAAAUUGUAUAAAGCUGAAAAAGAAGCAAUAUAAUGUAUAUGUAUUUGUGAAUGUUACUGUGAGAUGUCUGUCAUGUGAUUAUUGUGAAAAUUGUAAUUUUUACAAAUAUGUUAUAAAGCUUUUAAAUUGGGCGAGCUUCUCCAAUCAAGUACAAAGCAGUUGAAGUUGUUGCAGAAAAGUAACAAUUUUGUUUAUUUCAGUCUAUUUUUUCUUUUAUUUAAAAAAAAAAUUGUUUGACUCUAACAAAAACAAAUUACAAAGACAUUGAAAUAUAAAUCAGAGUUAAGAAGUAGUAAUCAUUAGAACGUAAAAUAUAUUUUUGAAUAUUGAAUUUAGUGGAAGAUAGAGUUAAUGAGACAAAAAUGGAAAAGUUUAUAUUGACUCCUCUUGAAGCCAAAAAUAACAGUUUGUUAUUGUGAAGCGGUCGGGAAACAAUCAGGGAUAAACUACUAUAAACUACUUGGCUCAGUUAGAUGCAAUUACAAUGUGAUUUUUAUAAUAUGCCAAUUAAUACUUUGGAAAAGUACAACAUUACUGUGUUUUAAACUCGAGUAUUAUUUUGUACACAUGUCUUCCGGAAUCGUAUUUAAUUUAAUUCAAUUGGAAAAAUUCUGGGCUUUUUUAAAUUUUAUUUAAUUGUUUUUUGUUUUUACAUGGAAAUGAACUUCUGGUUGUUUUAAUUUUCUCAUAUUAAUUUAGUAGUUUUAAUUAGUAUAGUUUAGUAGUGCAAACAUUGUGACAUGAGGAGAUGAUAGAAAAAAAAUUAGUCCCAUAUUGUCAAUUGUUUUAAAUGUGAAUAUACUACCAUUUGAAUUUGUGAACAACAUUUGUUUUUCCCUAAAAUUUCUCUUAUUUAUUAUUGACUUUAGGAUUAUUUCUAUUUACUUAAUUCGCAUGAUGCGUGCAGGAUAUCUCCACGUUAAAUAAAUAAUUACAAAAAGGAGAA